GGAAGCAGCCCGGGCUUUGGAAUUGGAGUGGGUGGAGGUCAAUCGGCGUAAAGCCCAGGCCAAUCGCGGGCUGGGGCAAGUGUGCUCCGGUUACAAAGGACCUUGCAGUCGUGCGGGUGGGACUACAGCACCCACAUUGCCCCGCGCGGCGGGAAGCCUUCUGCGGCUGCGCGGCGGCCUAGGAGCCAUGGGGCUGGGCGGUGGUCGGGUGGACGAAAACCGGGUUUGAUACUGGUGGAAGUAACAUGAGUCUGGCCAUCGCUACCAUGUCGACGCCGGCUGAGGAGGAGGAAUACGCGCGGCUGGUGAUGGAGGCGCAGCCCGAGUGGCUUCGCGCCGAGGUGAAGCGGUUGUCACACGAACUAGCGGAGACCACGCGCGAGAAGAUCCAGGCGGCCGAAUAUGGGCUGGCGGUACUCGAGGAGAAACAUCAGCUCAAGCUGCAGUUCGAGGAACUGGAGGUGGACUACGAGGCCAUCCGCGGUGAAAUGGAGCAGCUAAAGGAGGCGUUUGGACAGGUGCAUACGAACCACAGGAAGGUGGCUGCGGAUGGUGAAAGCCGGGAGGAGAGUCUGAUCCAGGAGUCGGCCUCCAAGGAGCAGUAUUACAUGCGCAAGGUGCUGGAGCUGCAGACGGAGCUGAAGCAGUUGCGCAACAUGCUUACCAAUGCACAGUCGGAGAGUGAGCGUCUAGCCUCUGUGGCACAGGAGCUGAAGGAGAUCAAUCAGAACGUGGAGCUCCAGCGGGGCCGCCUUCGGGACGACAUCAAAGAAUACAAGUUCCGGGAGACCCGCCUGUUGCAGGACUACUCAGAGCUGGAGGAGGAGAACAUCAGCCUGCAGAAGCAGGUGUCUGUGCUCAGGCAGAACCAGGUGGAGUUUGAGGGCCUCAAGCAUGAGAUCAAGCGUCUGGAGGAGGAGACCGAGUACCUCAACAGCCAGCUGGAGGAUGCCAUUCGGCUCAAGGAGAUCUCAGAGCGGCAGCUAGAGGAGGCACUGGAGACACUGAAGACGGAAAGGGAACAGAAAAACAGCCUGCGCAAGGAGCUGUCGCACUAUAUGAACAUCAAUGACUCCUUGUAUACCAGCCACCUGCAUGUUUCCCUGGAAGGUCUCAAACUCGAUGAUGCCGAGACCCUGGCUAAUGGCUUUGAGCACAGCUGCCUGGCCAAGCUGCCGCUGGACAGUAAGACCUCCACACCCACCAAAGAUGGCCUGGCCCCACCUUGUCCCAGCCUCGUGUCUGACCUCCUCAGUGAGCUCAAUCUUUCUGAGAUCCAGAAGCUGAAGCAACAGCUAAUGCAGGUGGAGAGGGAGAAGGCAGGCCUGCUAGCAACACUGCAGGAUGCACAGAAGCAGUUGGAGCAGGCUCGGGGGACCCUGUCAGAGCAGCGUGAGGAGGUAAAACGCCUCACGGAGAGGCUGAGUGCUUUGCAGCACCUGCAGGCUGGCAAGGAGCGGCGCACAGCCCUGGACAGUGAGAAGGAGCACGACAGCCAUGAGGAUGGUGACUACUAUGAGGUGGACAUCAAUGGGCCUGAGAUUCUGGCCUGCAAGUAUCACGUGGCUCUGGCAGAGGCUGGUGAGCUCCGGGAGCAGCUGAAGGCCCUACGUAGUGCACAUGAAGCCAGCGAGGCUUGGCAUGCUGAGGAGAAGGGCCGACAUGAGGCAGAGAGCCAGGUGCUUACCGAGAAGGUUUCCCUGCUAGAGAAAGCCAGCUGCCAGGACCGUGAGCUGCUGGCCCGGCUGCAGACAGAGCUGCAGAAAGUCAGUGAUGUCGCAGGUGAGACGCAGGGCAGCUUGAAUGUGGCCCAGGAUGAGCUGGUGACCUUUAGCGAGGAGCUAGCCAGCCUGUACCACCAUGUGUGCAUGUGCAACAAUGAGACACCCACUCGUGUUGUGCUGGACUACUACCGUGAAGGUCCAGCUGGUGCUAGCCACUGCAGUCCUGAAGCAUGUGGGCACCACUCACCUGUCCUGCCCAAGGGGCCACUGGCUGCAGAGGGCGGGGCUGGGGACAGCAGCCCCUCGCUGUCCUCACCCCUGAGUGACCCACGUCGGGAGCCCAUGAACAUCUACAACCUGAUUGCCAUCAUCCGUGACCAAAUCAGGCAUCUACAGGCAGCUGUGGAUCGUACCACAGAGUUGUCACGGCAGCGCCUGGCCUCACAGGAACUGGGCCCUGCCACAGACAAGGACCGGGAGGCACUCAUGGAGGAGAUCCUCAAGCUCAAGUCUCUGCUCAGCACCAAACGGGAGCAGAUCACCACACUGCGUACAGUGCUGAAGGCCAAUAAGCAGACAGCUGAGGUGGCCCUUGCCAACCUGAAGAGCAAGUACGAGAACGAGAAAGCUAUGGUCACUGAGACCAUGAUGAAACUGCGCAAUGAGCUCAAGGCCCUCAAGGAGGACGCAGCUACCUUCUCCUCCCUGCGCGCCAUGUUCGCCACCAGGUGUGACGAGUACAUCACACAGUUGGAUGAGAUGCAGCGGCAGCUGGCAGCUGCCGAGGAUGAGAAGAAGACACUCAACUCAUUGCUGCGCAUGGCCAUCCAGCAGAAGCUAGCACUGACCCAGCGGUUGGAGCUGCUAGAGCUGGACCAUGAGCAGACCCGGCGGGGCCGUGCCAAGGCUACCCCCAAAGUCAAGCCCAGCACCCCUAGUGUAAGUCACGCCUGCGCCUGCGCCAGCGACAGGACCGAGGGCACUGGGCUUACUGCCCAGGUGCUCUGUGGUGAGAAGUAUAACAUUUGCUGUGAUUAGGGCCUCAGGCUGCACACUGCAGCUAACCUAUUGCUGCCACCUGUCCGCUUCACCUCAACUAACCCAGCAGCAGCGGGACCGCGGUACUAGGCUGGUCUUAACCAUGACUAACGUACAGAGGGAAGGAUUUAGUUAAGAUGGUGUGCUGCUCCACCUGGACAGUGCAAGCUAGGUGUCUGCUUCUCAUCCCUUGGGACCGACCACCUUUCACAGCAGCUGCUCUCUUGGUGGGGUAAGGGUUGGGGGUCAUGGUGGGGUUGGAGCCAUGACUUAUUGAAAAAAUGUGGCUUCCCAGGACCUGGGUGUCAUCAGCUCUGCUGAUGAAACUUGCAUGUAUCUAAAACAGAUGUGCUGCUCCAGCACCCAGGGAGCACUGUUAGAGGUUCUAGCUGGGUUCUAGCUCCUUCAUCAGAGGACAGAAUUACUUUGUAGUUUGUACACCAUUUCACUACAAAUUCUGUUUGGGGAAAAGGGUAGAAUUUCUCCCCUAAACCCAGAGAAAGAGAAGACCUGAGCUGAGUCCUCCAGCCCAGGCAUACCCAUGCUCCAUGCGUCAGUCACACUUGUGCAGCUCAGUCACGCCUGGCUACGCCCCAAGAUCAGAGCUUCAGCUUUUCUUUGAGAUUUGCUCACUGGUCUGGUGGCCAGUGAGAUGACAUUUUAGAAGGCACAAAGCCUGGGGUUUUUCCAAUGAGAAAAAUCCCAAGUGCCCAACUAGACAGCUAUCCUCGGGGGAAGCCUGUCCUUUGUAUUUAGGAGUGCCUGGCUUUCAGAGCAAGUUUUUCCACCCUUUUUCCAUAAUCAAGCCUUCCUCCAAGAGGGGCUUUAGUUCUUAAGCAGCAGCAGUGCUCUGGAAACCCCCAGCUGCAGCUGGAGCCAAGCGCAGUGUGGUGAAGACUUGCCUGGGCCCAGUGUCAGUUGAGGAUUCACUGAGGAGGGAUGUGGUUCUUCCAAAUCGCUGUAAUUGCAGGGAUGGUGACAGGAAGCAAAGGCAGCUGUGGGGUCCUCCUGUUUCCAGAAACUUCAUCCAUACCAGAGCUUUGGUACAUUUGAAAGCAGGACUUUUCUCAGUAUUUAUCUCCCUUUUAUCCCAUGAGGCCCAUAGGGUGUGAGGCUAUAGUCCUCUCCCUGAAGGGCUGUCAGUGGCCUAGCAAGGAGGUUGCAUUGCUCUCUCACAUAGGUGUCUACUCCAACACUACUCUGCCCCUUGGUUCCUUAGUGUGUCUCAGUUUUCAGCAGACUCCAGAUGCUACACAGACCACCUUGGGUUUUACAGACCACGGGAGUGGAGAGGUAUGGGUAGAGCACACAUGCAUGCCUGCUUCUGGAUGCCUGUCCCUGGCUCUGGGUUGCUGUGCUGAUAGGAUAUUGGUCUUGGAUCCCCUUCCCACUAGAGAAGGGGUCAGUCCUCCACUUACACCCGUGUAAGCAGGACUUUUGGAGAGUUAGGGUUCUACAUUACCACUUCUGUUCCCCUUGCUGAGCCCAGCAUGUGGCUUCCCUCUAUGUCUUCAUGAGGUACUUAGAGCUGGAGGUUCUCCUAACACAUGCAGGUCUUUGCUGCUGACUAACACACUCAUGCUUUCACAGCUCAGCAAGAACUGUAGUUGCCCGACAGGUGACUGGUUCUAACACUGUCUUGUUUUCUCCCGUUUUCAGCUGUAGAUUAGCUGCCAGGAGAACUCAGCCACCGGCCCUGUCACACUGCAGCCCCUCCCCUCCCCUCCCCUCGGCCCACGCAGAGGAAGGAAGGGCAGCCUAAAAGUCCACUUAGAAACAUUUUUGGAUAUGCCACUGCAAUUCUUUUCAAAAUAGCAUUUGUGAGUUUUUAAUGGCAGAGGGAAAAAGCUUUGAUGUUCAGAAAGCUGGCAGCCACUGCUUGGAAAGGCCUUUGUACAAGCACUUGAAGAACCUGCUGGGACAGCAGCACCAAGCUCACUUAGGAACCCACUAGAAUUGCUCACUACUGGGGUCUCCCUAUUAUAGAUACUCCUUUUUCAUUUGAUCAACCUUUGCACUUUUAAUAUUUUUGAUAUUAUAUUUGCUUCCUUAAUUCCUCACAGAGACAGUCUCCAAUGUUGUGAUCUGUCUUGUUCUGUAGCACCCCGUUCUUAGCUCCUGACAUGCUGAUUUGACAUCAGCAUGUGGCACAGAUGUGUUCUAGUGUGCAGCUCUAGACUGUUUGAUAAAGCCUUUGACCCGGCAAGGAGCUUGGCUAAACAUCCAUGCUGUGGUUCAGCAGCCUUUUAGAUUUUACGGCAUUGUAGUUCAUGUUUGAAAUUAACAGUUUUUAAAUGCCAUGUUCAUUAAGAAAUCCAGGGUUUUCUGAUUCUGGGGUUUUUCAUAUUGUAUUAUUAUUAUUCUUAGGAAUAGUUUGAUGUAACAAGAAGAAAACUUGACCUUUGCUCUGGUUAAACAGUUAUAGGCACUUGAGAACAAAAAAGAUAAAUUAUUGAAUGAGUAGUAUUACCUACAAAUACCAGAAUUUUCUGGGUUUUAAGACGUUGUGAAGCAUGACUGAUUAACAGAAUUUUAUACAACUGUACCAAUGAAAUUCCAAAUUGGAAUUGUUUUGUUACUCUGGUUGUUGUGCCAAAUUGUGGUACACUUAGAAAAUUCUACAAUUGUCAAAUUUUAGGGUGUUCUAUUUCAACACCUUUUAGUAAUCAUUGCCAGUUGUGCCUUCAUCAGGUAAGGGAGGUGUCCCAGCAUAGUUAUUCUCUAAAAUGGACAGUGAAGAGCUAGUUGGGAAUGUUGAAGGCCAGUGUGGACCAACAGGUGUGAAAUGCAUAAUAUAUCUUCACACUUGAACCUGGGCAUCUUCAUUGAGGGAAAGAAAACAGCAAUUGUGUAAAAUUCUGUUAGUCAGUGAUUCUUUACUGUAUAGAUCCUUGGAAAUUCAGGGGCUGAGAAAUGGAAGUGAACACAGACCUUGAGUGUGCUUUGGGAACCAAAUGGACUUUAUGGGACAAGCUAAGCAAGUGGUGUGAGUAACAUGCCAUGUUUGUGAAGAGCCACUGGGUAGCAGGGGAGCUGUGCUGUCAGCGUCAUGCAGUAGGGUGAAAGCUAGCCAUAGUACUUUGCAAAUAUGAGAAAAAGAUGUUAUAUAUUCUCUUGCUUGGUGUAACUAAUCACUGUUAAUUUCAGGAAACAGAACUUGCCAAAACUCCUUAGCAAAAGAGGUCUGUCCAAUUUGCUGAGUGAGGUUGUGCAAAUGGUCAAAUCGAUACUCAAGGAGGAAGAACAAGUGUCCUUCCUCUCAAAAAUAAAGGACAAAUUAUAAUUAGUAAAAAUAAAAGAGUUCUGUUUCCUGGAAUAAGCAUUUCUUAUUCCUAGUUGUAGGGACCCCUAUUUUUACUUUCUACUACAGUGUUGAUUCAUAAGAAAUAAUGUCACAUUUAUGAUAAUUUCAUCUAUAUGGGUAUUUAUUUGCAAUGAUGUCUGAGUACUGUAUUUUUUUCUAUGCAUUGCCUAGUGUCAAGAGUAUUGUCUUUAUUAAGAUCAUAUGCAUGUUUUCCUGCUAAGAAACCUUUACACAGACCCACACAAACAAAUACACAAAAAUGGUUUCAGAUUCUGAGAAAAUGAGGCAGAGAAUGGAAAAGGAAUUAGGAGAAGAAAUCAGUUGACUUAGGACACAGAUAUGGCAUGAAAUGCCUGAAAGCCAGUGCAUAUAGGAACAGUGGGCCUGGGUGAGGGUCAUGUUGGUAGGACCAAUAAAUAAAGAAUGAUACAAAGAUAAAGCACAA